AUGUUCUCCCGUCCAUUCUCUGGCGUCGCGCAGGCCGCAGUGAAACGCUCUCAGGCUUUCCGGAGAUAUGCUACCGUGACCCCCGCGCCUACGGCAGCAUACGCUGGAAAGAAGAACGCCAGCGGGAAAUACUCCGUUACGCUCAUCCCCGGAGACGGUAUCGGCCCCGAAAUAUCUGAGGCGGUCAAGGACAUCUAUGUCGCUGCCAACGUUCCGAUAGAAUGGGAGGAAGUUAGUGUGGCCCCCAUUCUGAAAGGCGGCAAGACCGUCAUCCCCGAUGCUGCCAUUCAGUCCGUCAAGCGCAACACCGUCGCUCUGAAGGGCCCUCUUGCUACCCCGAUCGGAAAGGGCCACGUCUCCCUUAACCUCACCCUCCGUCGUACCUUCAACCUCUUCGCAAACGUCCGUCCUUGUGUGUCCAUCAAGGGUUUCAAGACUCCCUACGACGACGUCAACACUGUCCUGAUCCGUGAGAACACUGAGGGAGAGUACUCCGGUAUUGAACAUGAGGUUGUCGACGGUGUCGUGCAAUCCAUCAAGCUCAUCACCUGGGAGGCGUCGGAGCGUGUCGCGCGAUACGCGUUCUUCUACGCACAGCAGACCGGCAGGAAACGCGUCACUGCCGUGCACAAGGCUAACAUCAUGAAGAUGUCGGACGGCAUGUUCCUUUCCGCGUGCAGGGAGGUCGCGAAGAGCUUCCCGGACAUCAAAUACGAUGAGGAUCUCCUUGACCGUGUUUGCUUAAACAUCACCCAAAACCCCGCGCCGUUCUCGGACCGUGUCAUGGUUAUGCCUAACUUGUACGGUGACAUUCUGUCCGACAUGUGCGCUGGUCUCAUCGGGGGCCUUGGCUUGACGCCAUCUGGCAACAUCGGACGGGAUGCCUCUAUCUUCGAGGCCGUCCAUGGUUCGGCGCCUGAUAUCGCAGGGAAGGGUCUCGCUAACCCCACUGCACUCCUUCUCUCGUCGCUCAUGAUGCUGAGGCACAUGGGUCUCCAAGAAUACGCUUCGAACAUCGAGCAGGCCGCCCUUACUACCAUUGCCGAGGGCAAGAGCAUCACCGGUGACUUGGGAGGCAAGGCGAGUACGAAGGAGUACACGCAGGCCAUCAUCUCCAAGCUCGGUAGGGCUUAG